CCUCCACAUCUCUUCACAAAAUCCCUCGUUAAUUCCCUCUCUCUCAAAUCAAUCUUUGGUUUACCGUAUUGAAUUAACUAUGGCAGGAACCCAGAGCCGUGGUCAUGUUUUCGCCGGUAAGAAAAGAGGUACGGCGGCCGAUGACUUUGACGUGGACGAUGUUUUCGUGGCAAAGAAAUCAAUGUUGCCCACAAUGGCAACGGAAAGCGACCCUGCCGCAGCAUUGGCCAACGCCCGCCAUGAAUUCGGAGAGCAUGGUGGCGUUAACAUGUCCAUCGAAGCCUCCGCCACCUUCACCGUCAUGGAACCUGAAACCAUGAGCCGUAUGUUCGCCGGUGAACUCGGCCCCGAUCGUGAUUUCUUCAUCUACAGCCGUCAUUUCAACCCCACCGUCUUGAAUCUUGGCCGUCUCAUGGCAGCCCUCGAAGGGACCGAAGCUGCCUACUGCACUGCUAGCGGUAUGUCGGCUAUAUCGUCCGUGCUGUUGCAACUCUGCAGCAGCGGCGGGCACGUGGUGUCGUCGAGGACGCUCUACGGCGGCACCCAUGCUCUUCUAACGCAUUUCUUGCCCAGAGCCUGUAACAUCACGACCACGUUUGUCGACAUCAACGAUCUGGAAGCAGUGAAAAAUGCCAUCGUCGAAGGAAGGACCAAAGUCUUGUACUUCGAGUCGAUGUCGAAUCCCACGCUCACCGUGGCCAACAUUCCCGAGCUAAGCAGAAUCGGGCACGAAAAAGGAACCACGGUGGUUGUGGACAACACCUUCGCCCCAAUGGUUCUUUCCCCGGCUCGGCUCGGUGCUGAUGUAGUUGUUCAUAGUAUCUCCAAGUUCAUCAGCGGUGGGGCCGAUAUUAUUGCAGGUGCUGUUUGUGGCCCCGCAAACCUGGUGAACUCAAUGAUGGAUCUCCAUCAAGGCGCCUUGAUGCUUCUAGGCCCGACCAUGAACGCCAAAGUCGCCUUCGAACUGUCCGAAAGGCUUCCUCACUUGGGCCUGAGAAUGAAGGAGCACUGCCGCAGAGCCAUGGAAUACGCCAUCAGGAUGAAGAAACUCGGCCUCAAAGUCAUAUACCCAGGCCUCAAGGAUCACCCACAGCACCAGCUCCUCAAGUCCAUGGCCGACAAGGAAUACGGGUUUGGCGGGCUUCUUUGUGUCGACAUGGAAACCGAAGAAAGAGCCAACAGGCUGAUGCACCACUUGCAGAACUACACUCAGUUCGGGUUCAUGGCGGUUAGCUUGGGUUACUACGAGACUCUCAUGUCCUGCUCCGGCAGCAGCACCAGCAGUGAAAUGAACGCCGAAGAGAAGGCACUUGCCGGCAUUUCGCCGGGGCUGAUUAGGAUGUCCAUUGGAUAUAUUGGGACACUGGAGCAGAAGUGGAGCCAAUUAGAAAAGGCACUCUCUAUGAUGAAGGAUUCCACCAUGUUCAAUAAGAACUAAUGGUUCUCUGGUGCAAGGUCUCGUUCAUGUUAUUUCUGUUGUUAAAGACCGGUGGCUUUUGCUUUAUAUAAUGUUUUCUUUUAAGAAAAGUUGGCUAAUUGGCCUCAUACAAAUUUAGCAUGGUCCAAUUGAGCAGAUUUGAACAUGACGAGCAA